AUGCAAGUGUGGUUCGUGGCGGUGGCGGCGGUGGCCCUGGUCGCUUCAGCCAAGGAUGUGCCUUCAGCGUGCACGCAUCUUGAAUUUUCUUCGUGGAGCGAUACAGGGCUACGUGCUUACCUGCUGGAGCGAGGCAUCACAUCGCCUGGCGCGACGCACGACAAGCUCGUGACACUUGCCAAGAACGACUGCGAGACGCUUAUGGCGGACGCCGAGCGAGUUCCGGAUGGCUCGUCAGCACAGUGGAAUGAGGCUCUUUCUUUAGCGAGCUCUGUGCGAGCCAAUUUUGCACCCAAGACAGCCAUCCCCAAGAGCAUGCCGUCUGCCACACCUGUAGGUACCGAGCCCAUCAAGCGUGGUGCAUCCACAGCGGCACGCAAGGUAGGUCAAAGCGCCUCGAAAGUCGCCGAGAAGCGGUGGGAUGAUGUAAGUGCGUAUCUUGACGACACCAAAGACUAUGUGUACAGCAAAUGGAGUGAGGUCGACUUGUAUGGCUGGCUCCGAUCGCAUGGCCUGGACGUACCGACCAAUGCGGCACGGAGUACCAUGCUGGCAUUAAUGCGCGAGCCAUUUGCGCGUGAACACUAUGAUCGGCCUUAUGCUCGCCUGUCAUCUGAGUACCUGCACCGCUGGCUGGUGGAGCAUGGCUAUUUGCGAGGCGAGGCACCACAGUCGCGCCAGACGUACGAAGCUUUGGCGCAGCGCUACUAUUACUAUAUGCAGGACCGCGUGUAUGAUACAUGGACGCAGGCAGACCUGCACAAGUGGCUCGCAGACCGUGGACUAGUCCCCCAAGACUGGCGUGCGACGCGUGAUGAGUACCUGCGCGUCAUGCAGGACAAGUAUGCACGGGCCGCCGAUACCAUAUGGGCUGGUUGGAAAGAAAGCGAUAUGCGGCAGUACCUCGCGCGGAAAGGCGUGCUGACGCAUGCAAGCACGUAUGAAGAAUUGCUCCAGCUCAUGCAGAAGCACGCUCAGUCUGCAGCCGCCACAGCGAGUGCCUAUGUGAGCUGGUCCGAUGCCAAGCUGCGUGGCUUUCUCAAAGACCGCGGCGUACAGGUGGAGGCAUUGCCAUCCAGCCGCUGGGAGCUGCUGCGGGCCAUGCGGGCGCACUACACCCCCAGCUGGAGCGUACAGUGGCAGCAGACGUUUGAAUCUGCUUUGGCUCGUGUGAAGCGCAGUGGUAAGUCGCUGCUAGGUGUGCAUGAUGAAUUGUAG